GACAUCAUCGGAAACGCUGGUGAAUUUGAAAUGUGGACAGCGCAUCGCGAGUACGAGUUCGUUAGAUUUCGGCGAUGGGAACAAAUUAAAUUAUUCGGUGUUGUAAAACUGGGAGCGUGGCGGCGUGUUCAGUCUCCGGGGUGUAGACGGUACUGCACACAGGCGAGGAUAAUAAUAAUAAUAAUAAUAAUAAUAAAGUUUAUCAUGUGGUAAUUCGCGCGCCAUCACAGUUGGUCCGUUGUUGUAGAUAGAAUCAAUAGCCGCUGACGUCAGUGGCUGUAUGUUCGGUGGGGCGCUAUCAGAGGAGAGCGGGGGACAGUGCACUUGUAACUUGGCUAGUAGUGUCAUGUAUCCGCGCAAGUGGUUCUCUGAUCUGUCGCCUAUGUUUUGUGAUCAAUUUCAUUUGUGCAGCGCAUAAUUUCGCGUAAGUUUCCCACCAUCCAAAAAAUUUUGUUUUGUGUGUGUGCCCUUCGUUGUUUAGAGAUUGUGUGCACACGCUGCCUUCGAAAAUAUAUAUAUGUAACGUGCUAAGUGGCCUUCACCGGCGUAUUAGUGUUGACAUUGACGCAAAGUCUGCAAAAGGCCAAUAGAGGUCAACUAUUCAAAUAUUUCAGCUUUAAUGACAAAUGGCUUCAGUUUUAAAAAUGGAAAGCAGAGAAUCAUUAGCAUAGCUACUAGGCCUUUGGACACUGACAAGAAAAUAAUGCAGUAGCCUUACAAUUAAAAAUAGUCAUUUAUAUUUGUUGGAGAAGUUGAUUUUGAAGUUUAAAACGUCGCUGGUAGCGAUUAAACGGCACACACGCAACGGGUUUCCAAUUUAGAUCUUCAAAAUUGCUGCCAUGGGUCGCAAAAAAAUACAAAUAUCUAGAAUCACCGACGAACGGAACCGACAGGUUACAUUCAACAAACGAAAAUUCGGCGUGAUGAAGAAGGCGUACGAAUUGUCGGUGUUGUGCGAUUGCGAGAUCGCCCUAAUAAUCUUCAGCAGUAGCAACAAACUGUACCAGUAUGCCAGCACGGAUAUGGACAAGGUCCUCCUCAAAUAUACCGAAUACAAUGAGCCACAUGAAUCCCUGACCAACAAAAACAUUAUCGAGGCACUCAAUAAGAAGGAGCAUAAGAACGGAGUGAUGAGUCCCGACAGUCCCGAACCGGAGAACGACUACCAAUUGACGCCACGUACCGAAGCCAAAUACAGCAAAAUCGACGAGGAUUUUCAAAUGAUGUUACAAAGGAACCAACUCAACGGACAAAGGGGCAGCAUGAGUUCAUCGAACUAUUCACAACCCGUUUCAGUUCCAGUAAAUAUAAGCUAUAGUGAUUCUGGUCUUCUACAAUCUAGUCCGCAAAUGGCUCACACGAGUAUUAGUCCGAGGCCAUCGUCUUCAGAAACAGACUCAGUUUAUCCCAGUGGCGCGAUGCUUGAAAUGAGUAACGGUUACCCGAAUUCGGUGUCUCCAAUGGGCGGACCACCCUCGCCCGGACCAAGUCCCGGACCCGGAUUGAGUUCUUCUAAACAUCCGAAACAACAUUCACCAGUCUCACGAUCCAAUUUACGAGUAGUUAUACCGGCACCGCUAGCACCCAACAUAAAUCCGGAUGAGGUUUCUUAUAAUGAACACAAUCGAACACAAUCAACUUUAAACACUCCCGUGGUGGCGUUACAGACACCCGGCCUGUCGUCGUAUCCCGGUUCGUUGUCUUCGUUCGGGGCGCAGGACUUCAGUAUUGGAUCUGACAUGGGACUGGCGAUGACAUGGAGCGGGCACCAGAUACCGUCGUCGUUAGCGCACAACACCAGUUGUCUGCCGCAUUUGGCGGUGUCGAGCAGCACACCGCCGCCGACGUCCAGUUCGCCGCUGCCCGUUAAAAUAAAAAGCGAACCGAUAUCGCCACCCAGAGAGCACCAUCCGCACCUGAGUGCGGCGGGAGUGCACCAUUCUCACGUACAAAGCCUUAAUUUAACGCACAGCAGCCACCAUCCGCGGCCAAGUUCUGCUGGUCAGAUGACUCCGACGCCCGGCAGCGUGACCCCAACAAAUUUAGGUUCGCCGACGGGCACGGGAGGGCCGCCCAGUAGUGGUAACGGCGGCGGGAGCGCCAGCGGCAGUAGUACAGAUUACGAAACUGUACAGAUGCAUAAGCGUCCGAGGAUUCAGGACUGGCAAACCUAGACCGGCCGACGAGGACCAUGUGAGCCUUAUUGCCUGCACGGGACUCUCGGUGUCACAGUGAUAACAUUGUGUGGAUGUGUGUAAUACGGAGCCCAUCGUUUCAAAUGCCAAUUUUAUCAUCUAUGUGAUAAACUAUGAGUCUAGUAAGAACAAUUAACGAACUGAACCCAUUACUUAAACAAUUAUAGUCAUUUAUAAGUGAAACAUUCAUACAUAAAGAACAUAAAGAAGGAACAAUAAUAAUAUUGUUAGAGUAAGCAAGACAGAAAAGGAAAAGGAAAUGGAAAAGGAAGAUGAAAUUUGAUUAAUUUUUUUAGUAUGGGAUAGUGCGGUGCGUUGUAUUGCGUGUGUGCUGUGGUUUCAGUCAGCGACAGCAUAUUGUCAUAUCAUAUGUCAAUGAUAUAUAGAUAUGUGCUGGCGCCAUUAUUUUGUUCUUAAAAGAAACAAACAUAAUAUAUAGUGCCAUUAUUUUCUGUAAUUAUUAGUGUCUUUUUUAUAAAUGUUUUUAGAUACAUAGUAUAUUAUUUAAUUAAAGAAUGUACACUUGUUAAUUUAGCGCGAAGAUGCAGCCACUAACAUACUGAGACUCUUUGCAUUGCAGGACAUUUAAUAUGAAUUAUUAUUAUUACUAUUCUUGUUAUGUAUUGGUGCUUUAUCCCCAACCUGAUCGAAUGUACUCUGUCCAUUGGCUGUUUUUUGGUGACUGUUGUCAUGUUACGAUUAUACAUAAUAUAUGUGGGAAUGACCUGACCUGACCAGAUAGGACUACAGUCAGCCAACCCUCAAUGUUAAAUGUACUGCUUCCCCAUGGAACCUAGAGUGUUCAUUGUUGUAGCCUUUUCAAUUUAUUUGUGAUUUCAGAGUAUGAUAUAUCUAUUCUGUAUAUUGACCUACACAAAGUAAAUUAUAUAAUUAUACAUUAUAUAAUAUAUACAUAUAUUUUAUCUACUGUUGUGUGCACAAACCUUGCACAUAGUUUUAAAGUUUAUAUGAAUGUCCGCCGGGUUUGAAGAACUCGGUAUCCGCCAUGUAGUUGCGGAUGACCCUAUCUCCACUGAACUACUGUAGGAUUGCCUUACUCACAGUGCCUCGACAGUAUGUACGUAUCUAAUUGUGUAGUAAUACAAGUACACCCACCCCUCGAUGUUUAAAUGAUUAGCCAUUGCAUCGUAUGUAUGAUGACCGAAAGCCGCUGCAUCCGGUACAUUUUCGUCGACUAUUCACAGGGUAUUGCGCCAUUCUACACUACACACUCACUGUCACUGUCCACCAAACCGCCAACACAAUUCCGCAAUUCCAUUUUUGCUCCGAUUUGCUCGCCCUUUGGUGGACAGAAACCGCUGCUUGUGCCUUCUUGUUAACCUGGUACCUAGACCUACCUUUCCGAACUUAAAAUGGCUUCCGUGUCACUGCACUACUGUAAUGUCUCUUCUAUGUUCAAUUCCAUUAAGAAAAACUCAAAAAAAAUCUAUUCAACCCUACUUAAUUCAUUCGUUCAUUGGUUCAUCCCUCCGAUUUAUCGAUCUAUCCAUCCAUCCAUCCAUAAUUGUUAUCAGCAAUCAGUCAGCAAUUGUGCUCAUUUGGUGGGUGGUCGGUGCGACUCUGAUAUUUACUUGGCUCAAUCCGACUGUCGUUCUCCUUCUCGUUCUCGAGACGUUGACCCGCCUUUAAGCCAAUUUUGUUCACAUUUUUCACAUCAAAUACCGAUUUUAUUUAGUUAUUCUUAUGUUUAAGUGGAACCAUUCAAACCGCCUUCAUUUUAAAUGGACGGAAUAAUGAGCUACAUCAUGUACAUAUAGUUAUUUUUAUUGUUGUAGCUGUAAGCCAAUUUAAUGUUAGAUAUAUUCAUACAUAUUUGUUAUCACGUCAAAGUUUAUACAUAUAUAGUUAUUAAUUAAUGCAGAUCAUAUCAUGGCAUGGCAUAUAUUGCGUCCAUUUGACAAAGGCAUUUUUUCAAUCAUGUGCAAUAUUAAUAUGACGAUUUAUUUAUCUAUGAUGUAUUGAAUUAAACCAAAUAAAAUUGUUUGUUACAAAAUAA